GGUCCGCCCCGCCCUCGCGGCUCCGCCCUCACUGCCCGCCGCUUCACCCGGGUCGUCCAAGAUGGAAGGGCUAGGGCCGGCGCGGCUCGUUCUCCGGCUGCUUCUCUUGGUCCUGCCGGGGGCCAGGUGGCUGACGACGGCCGCCCCGGAGCCGUCGCUUCCCGGAGCCCCGCAGGAUGGCAUCAGAAUUAAUGUAACAACACUGAAAGAUGAUGGGGAAGUAUCUAAACAGGUUGUUCUUAACAUAACGUAUGAGAGUGGACAGGUAUAUGUAAAUGAUUUACCUGUAAAUAGUGGUGUAACCCGAAUAAGCUGUCAGACUUUAAUAGUGAAGAAUGAUGGUCUGGGAAAUUUGGAGGAAAAGGAAUAUUUUGGAACUGUCAGUGUAAGGAUUUUAGUUCAUGAGUGGCCUAUGACAUCGGGUUCCAGUUUGCAACUAAUUGUCAUUCAAGAAGAGGUAGUAGAGAUUGAUGGAAGACAAGCUCAACAGAAGGAUGUUAUUGAAAUUGAUAUUUUAGUUAAGGACCAGGGAGUACUGAGACAUUCAAACUACACCCUUCCUUUAGAAGAAAGCAUGCUGUACUCUAUUUCCCGAGAUAAUGACAUUUUAUUUACCCUUCCCAACCUCUCCAAAAAAGAAAGUGUGAAUUCACUGCAGACCACCAGCCAGUACCUUAUCAGGAGUGUGGAAACGACUGUAGAUGAAAAUGCUUUACCUGGCAAAUUGCCUGAAACUCCUCUCAGAGCAGAACCUCCAUCCUCAUAUAAGGUAAUGUGUCAGUGGCUGGAAAAGUUCAGAAAAGAUCUGUGCACAUUCUGGAGCAGUUUUUGCCACGUGCUCUUCCUAAUUUCUUCUGUCAUGAUAAUUGGAAUUCUAGGAGCAGCUGUGGUCUUAACCAUCUUAAAGUUAUUCCUCCCAGUUUCGGAAUACAGAGGAAUUCUUCAGGUGGAUAAAAUGAUUAUGCCUGUGACACCUAUCCACUUCUAUCCAGAGUGCUCUGAGAAGACAGCAGAAAACCUUGAAGACAAACAUGUAUUUAAAAAUUAAAGUACCGUCUCAGAUCAUGGACUCUGGACGAGUUUGUUGUCUCCAGUUUGCCAUUUGACUAUAUUUUUCUUUGAAUUACUAAGAAUCAGUUUAUGCACAGAGAAAUUGCCAAACUCCAGAGCCUGCCUGAAAACUGACUUUUACAGUGUCAAAAUAAAGUUUACCUUAUUCUAUAAA